AUGUCCCCUACACCGCCCUCUACAACUCCAUCGAGCGGAAGCGCUCAUUCGCCUGACUUCAAAAUCAUCCGCAAACGCAAUCGAGUCCCGCUUUCAUGCGCUCCCUGCCGACACAGGAAGUUAAAAUGCAAUCGAUCCAACCCGUGCGAAAAUUGCGUCAAACGAGGAGAUGCGCACUCAUGCUCAUAUGCACAAGUGAGUACUCGGAAGAAGAAUAUUCAGCAACAGACAACGCCGACUUCGCCCGAUGAUAUGCAAAAUCGCAUUGACCGGCUGGAGGGUCUGGUUUUAUCGUUGAUGACGAAUGGUGCGCAGUCUGCGGGCCCCACGGCUGCCAUGGCUACGAUCUCUGGAGAUAGUAGUGCGGGGUCUACGGGACUCUCCCAUGAUCUGGAUCUUGAAGACGAUGCUCCUGGUGGUGCGGAGGAGAGUGAUACGGAACAGGUGACAAAGUCAUUUGGUGUGAUGAAAAUGGACAAUAACAAGUCCUAUUACAUCAGCGACGCACACUGGGCCUCUGUAUUAAAUGAUAUUACCGAGGUGAAGAAUUUCUUCAACACACAUAAAAAGCAAUUCGAGGAGCAAGCAGAAAAGGUCAAGGCAGCUCGACCAGCGACUGAUGUUCCUGGGUCAACACUGCUGUUCGGGGUGAUGAAGCCCCUCAGCCGACCAGAGAUCAUGUCUUCUUUGCCCUCAAAAUACAUGACCGACCUUCUUGUUGCUCGUUACUUCAACACCUACGAUCCUGCUACACAUAUCCUUCAUGGCCCAACAUUCCAAGCACAGUACAACAGACAUUGGGAGGAUCCCUCUCGAACCGAAAUAGUGUGGAUUGCUAUGUUGUUCGCCAUGAUGAGAUUGGCCAUGCUCUCGUAUUUCCGAGAAGGCGACGAGCCCCCGGAGUUCAGGGGCAAGGCUAUGGAUAUGGCUGGCUCCUUCCGAAAUUCGGUUGCAGAAUGCCUGACUUUGGCAGAUUACACAAAACCGCACCCAUAUCUGAUCGAAGCUUUAAUUUUUCAUUUGCAUGGUGACUUCUCGCAGACCCGGGAAGCAGAUGUGUCAGUAUGGGUUUUAACAGGCGUGAUUGCCCGUCUGGCGAUGCGAAUGGGAUAUCAUCGAGACUCAAAGGCGUUUCCCAACAUCACACCGUUCCAGGGUGAGAUGCGACGGCGAGUGUGGUCAUUUGUUCGGGUUGCAGAUGUGCUGUUUUCGUUUCAAGUCGGCAUGCCGAGUAUGCUCCGGGCUGCCGAUAGUGAUACAGACCUGCCGCAGAAUUUGUAUGAUGAUGACUUUGACGAAGACUGCAAGGAACUACCCCAACCUCGCCAGCUGACCGAGCCAACACCAAUCUCAUAUCUGAUAACCAAGUCCCGGCUGACCUUCGAAUUUGGCCGUGUGAAUGAGCAUGCUUCAUCGGUUUCCAAUGCUUCUUACGAGAAGACCAUGGAGCUUGAUGCUGAUAUUCGGCACGCCAGAGACUUAAUUCCUGAUCAUCUGCGUCUCCGCCCGCUGGAAGAUUGUCAGUUGGAUCCAGUACAACUGAUAAUGUCUCGCUACUCUGUGAUAAUGCUUUAUCACAAGGCACAGAUCGUGUUGCAUAGACCAUAUCUUGUCCGUGCACGGGAGAACCCUCGUUUCACCUACUCUCGACGAACAUGUAUUGAUUCUGCCAUGGAGAUGGUCGGAGCUCAGUCGGUUCUUUAUUCAGAAACGCGGAAUGGGCGUUUCGGUAGCCUCCAGAGCCAAGCCUCGUCUAUUAGCUCCGUGGACUUCCUCUUGGCUGCGUCAAUCAUUUGUCUUGAUCUGCACCAAGGGUACAAACUCCAAGCGGCGGGUCGACCAUCCGGUGACACGUAUACGUGGGGCCGUGAGAGACGCGAUGAGAUGCUUGCAGCAAUCCAACGCUCGAAAGAGAUCUGGGACGAGGUCCGCGAUGAAAGCAUGGAGGCUUUCAAAGCCAGCAGCAUUCUCGGGGUCAUGCUUGGCAAGCUGCAUAGCAUCCCGGGGCUUGAAAAUAGCACCGCAAACAUGUUCGAGCCACAGGAUGAGAAGCAGAACGCCGCCAUGACGCUGGGUCUGUUGAGUAGUGGGAUGAGCCCGAUGAACCCUGGCAUGUCUCCAUUUUCAGAUCCUGCAAUGAAGAUGAGCGAUUCGCCAUUGGGUGCAGGCAUGGGCCUGGGUGCAGGCGCCUCGGCUGAGAUGCUUGGUGGGCCUCUAUCACCUUUCAGUAGCAUGUUCGGCCAGAUGCCGGACAUGCAAACUAACCUUGACUGGGAGGCUUGGGAUACAUAUAUCCAGAAUCCUAACUUUGGCGCUUCCAAUCAGUACUGGCCCAUGACGGAUCCCUCAGGACAGACAGUGCAACCCGUUGGAUUGACACAGCCUCCGAUACCCGGUCCGCUUGGAGCACAGGCACCGAAUGGUAUAUCGACUACGCAGAACGACAUUGGUGGCCGACUGGAAUACAUCGCAAAUAUUUCCAUCGUAGGCGUGGACGACAGUCCUUAUCAGCACGUGACGAUAUCGCUGGAAACUUUUCGAGGAGCUCAACUCCGCGCGGAUCCCCGAUUGCUCCAUAUCUUAGUUUUCGCAAUAUUUGUGCUGAUCCCGGCACUCGACCGGUCAUAUCAUAAUGCAAUCCCUCCGUCGAGCCUCGUCACGGCUACUUGCUCCCUCUGUGUCAUCUACUUCCGCCUCAUUAUGUCGAUCACGAUGCGUAACCUCACUCCGAUCUCACCCUCACGCCCCGUCUCAACACUCAUACCUUUCCGCUCAUAUACGCCAAGAUCAAAGCGCAGCAACCUUUCGAAGCUUGCCAACCGGAAGGCUGCUCCUCUUAAACAUGAAGAUGAAGCCUACAUCAAAGGAGACGCAACAGUGGAUCAUGACAUCGAUUAUGAUGCCUUGUAUGCCAGGUCCAAAGCCGCAGAUCUGGAAGUUGAAGAGAAAAAAGCAAAAAGAUCAUCACGUCAUAAAUUACUUGAUGAAGAGACGAAGCAGGAUACCCCGGUCAAGCGAAAGAAUUAUGAGAUUAACCCGCCGAACGAGACAGUCUACGUGGGCAACUUGUUCUUCGAUCUCGCAGCCGAGGAUUUGCGGGCGCAUUUCGAACAGUUUGGAACCGUGCUGAACACGACCAUCGUCCACGAUAACCGGGGAAUAAGUAAAGGAUUCGGCUACGUCCAAUUCGACACCAUCGAAGAAGCCAAACGAGCAGUCGAGAAGCAACACCUAAAAAUCCUCGCCGGCCGUCCAGUCGUCCUCCAAUACGCGCGCAGCGCCAUUUCACACAAAACCACCGAACACGAACCCACAAACACCCUCUUCAUCGGCGGCAUUCCCUACGAGCUCACAGAUCGUGAUAUUCAAGACUUGUUCAGCGAUGUGCAUAAUACUUUCGAUAUCCGGGUUCCCGUGGACAGGCGCUCGGGUGUCCCGCGUGGCUUUGCGCAUGUGGAGUUCAUUGAUGUUCAAUCCGCGAUGUGGGGCAAAGAAGUGUUGUCGCGGAAGGCUCCGUAUGGGCGGAAGUUGAAGGUGGAGUUUACGAAUCGGCAGAAGGUGGGGAUGUUGCACUCCGAACGAUUGCCUGAAUUGUGGGCAAAAAAGGAAAGAGAGAAGAGUCCUAUGGUUAACUCGGUUGAAGAGGCGAUGGAUUAUUCUGAAGAUCCUCGAGUUGCUAAGAAGGGCCCGAAGACCAUGCCCUAUUUCCUUAGUCUAGUACAUGCAAACCCCAACGAAUUCCCAGCCGUAAUCGCAGCCGAACGGUACGCCUUCGAAAACCCCCUCCAACCAAUCUUCCGUCUAUAUUGUCCCUUGAUCAACAUUAACAUCGACGAAACAAUAUCCACAACCGCAGAAAAAGCACAAAAAGCACAAAUAGCCCAGCUAGAAGAGCGCAUAGAAUCAAACCCAACAUCCACCUGGCUUCAAGUAACCCGCUCCAAAGAAUUUCCCCACCCCCCAAACGAACCUAUCAUCGGCGGCGCAGAAUGGAUCUUCAUACCAGAAAACGCAUCAACCCCCACAACCCUCGAAGCAGAAAUCCACUCCCUAGCAGCUCGCCACCCAGAAGGCGGUGCCCGCAUCUUCGCAGAACAAGCAUUUCGAACACUCCGCACAGCCGAGUACGAAACAAGGGAACGCUAUUCCGGAAAACGAGCGUAUAUGACACUCGGAAGCUGUUUUACAGUCCCAGAACACCGAAGAAAGGGAAUCGCUUAUAUGCUUAUGGAGUGGGGUUUGGAGAGAGCUGAUAAGGGCGGGUAUGAUGUGUGGAUUGAAGCUGCGCCGGAUGCUGUCCCGUUUUAUGAAAGAUGUGGAUUUGAGAAAAGAGUUACUGUUUUUUUGGACUUUAGUUGUCCACGAGGGUUAUCUGAUGUGGAGAAGGAGGAGUGGAAUCGUGCUAGGGAGUCUAUUUUGCCUGUUACUGCUGUUAUUAUGGGACGGAUGUUUAGGGGUAAGGGAGGGCUUGCUUUCGAGAUGGCUAGUAUUAAUUAA